GUACUCUUCCAACGCUUUCUGAUCCCACAGAUAUCUGAUCACAACUCAGAUGCAUUCCACAGAUUUGACGUAGACAUAUAUAUGAUUGAGCUUCAUGAAAACCGACGAAAACCCAACCGGAGUGAAGAAGAUGAUAUAUGCCCAAUUUGCUGGGAAAAGUUUGGCACAUAA